AAUGAAGAUAAGGCUGAAGAAUGGCAUUACAACCAUUACAUUGAUUUUUUACCUGGGUUGAUUUAUCUUAAAUUAAAGAAUUGUAUAUGUUUUCUACAAGGAUGUUGAACAAUCAAGUUAUAUCAAUAAUAUUGUCCAGUGAUUGGUGGUCUAUCAUUAAGAAGAGAAAUAACUCUCAGAGAACAUCAAAAAAGGGUUUGCUAUCGAUUCAUAUGGCAAUAGCAGAAGGUCAUGCGAAUGUGACAAGUAUUUUAUUGAGUCGUUCAGCAGAACAGAUCAAUGCUAGAUGCGCUAUUGGAAGAACAGCUCUUCAUUUUGCAGCUGUUAAUAAACAUCUUGACCUUGUGCAACUUCUUCUAGGACAAGGUGCAGAAAUUGACGCACAAGUUGCGUUGUUAAUUUUUAGAAUCGUGAAGCCCCAGCAAUAAAGUCUAUCAUUAAAAAUGGAACAUAUAUGGAGAUAUUUUGACCUAAUUUUUUAAAAUAAUUUUUAAAUUGGUACCAAUUAAUAAAACUUAAUUAAAAAAAAAAAAUUUCAUUAUUGUUUUAAUAUACCGUUGUUUCUCGAUUGCUCUUUAAACCAACUGUACUUGUCAUUACACAAAACAUU